GCUUUGUGUUAUAAAACAAAGUUUGCCGAAGGAUGUGGGCAUAUUUGUACUUUCUGUGAGAUUCGCUUCUGUUCAAGGUGCGGUGGAAGGAUAACAAUCAAAUCUAACAAGAAUGAAGUUAUGACAAUGUGGGUGUGUAAUCUUUGUCGAAAACAGAAAGAAAUUUUGACAAAAACUGGUGCUUGGUAUCACACUGCAGAUAAUAAUAAUAAACCUUUCACAACGCCUCAAAUAAAUCAUCAAGAAGACACAAGCGAGAAAGAAAAUAGACAGACGGAAGCAGCAAAAACUCCAAUAACACCUACAGAAAGAAACGCCAAUAUGAAAAAGACUGCUGUUGAAUCAUUCACCAAUAAUGGAGAGAGGCCUCGAAACCAGAGUUCAAUCUCUCCAUUAACACCAUCCGCUAAAGGGGAAAAUAGUAAAGAAAAUAUACCAUCACCAGCUGGACAAGUGGGAAAUACUGUUAACAAAAAUGUUAAUAUUACACAUAAUUUACCUGUGGAUGAUACAAGAAUCAAAAAAGUAGAAACCGUACCGAAUUUUAACACUUACAACGACCAUAAAAACACUUCAUCGCCAUCUCCGGGAAUAACACAAAGUGUAUCAAUUGCAAACGGUUUUUUGAAUUCCCACCCAGUUAAAAUGGACGUACCACAAGCUCCAGUGCCCGCAAAACGAACUGACGUAAGACAGACGAAUCACCAACAAAAAAGGACUUCAAAAACUUCACCGGAACAUGAAAAGAAAGCCCUUUCUGAAAGGGAAUUAAAUAUCUCUUCACCGGUGACUUCUAAAUCUAGGUUAUAUACCAAAAACGGGCAAGUUUCACAUGUCGGUCGUGACAGCAGAAUUUCUCAGAGCAGUUCGAAGGCUUCCAUUUCUCCUUCUGAUUCUUAUCAUAGAAUUUCCCAGACUUUGGAAAGGAAUAGACUUUCCAGUUCAGACCUUUCUCAGAAAAGGGAACACGCAAAAAUUCAAAGACGAAUAGCCAAUGAGCUCAAGCAUAAUUCCUAUACGAAUAUUCCAGAUGAUACUAAGCCUUCAUAUAUAUCUUCAAGAAGACAACAAUUGAAUGGAUGUAGAAGUGAACCCAAUUUACCAGAGUGUUAUAGUGUUCCAGAUAAAACCAGAGAACCAGGAGUUCAUAGAAAGCGAUUGUACCGCCUACAGCCCUCAAGAAAAGGACCUCCAGUCCGAGAAUUUUCAAUAAGCAGUUCGGAAGAUGACAUUAGAUCUGGAACCGAAUAUUCAAGUAUUGACGACGCUGAUAAAGAAACCAGCAGUGAUUACGAGUUUACCCAUUUGCAGCAUCCUUCUACAAUGAACCAAAUGUUACCUCACGCUUGCUACCAUAGACCAUGCUAUCACCCGUUAGAGAAUUACGCCAUGGAGAAUUUUACGAAAUCAUCGACCAGUUUGUAUUCGUGCCGACGCAGUUCAGGAAACACAAGAGAUUCGGGAGUCGAAAGCAGUUCGGUUUUAUGUCAUGAUCUUUCUCAAGAGCAGUUACCAGUUCCAUGGCAACCUUCAUCAGACGGACGAUUUCUCAUUGGUCAUCUUCUCUUGUACAAGAAUGUGUCAUCUGCAAGUAACAUGGCACGACGUGCUGGAGCCUUAUUAGGAUUAAAGGUUGUUGGAGGAAAGACAACACCUUCAGGUAGACUAGGAGCAUUUGUUACAAAAGUCAAAAAAGGAAGUUUAGCUGAUACCAUCGGCCAUCUUAAACCAGGAGAUGAAAUAAUAUCGUGGAAUAAAUUUUGUCUACAAGAUGCAACUUUUGAUGAAGUUUAUGAGAUUAUUUUGGAAUCAAAAGCAGAUUCAAUGGUGGAAUUAGUUGUGUCUCGACCUAUUCGCGACGUUCCAAGAAUCCCUGAAACGAGACUUCACCAAACUGCGGAAUCAAGCAGUUGUUCUCUUGAUUCUGAAAGAAGAGAUUUUGAGUCAUACACCAUUAAACCAUUACAUGGUAGAAUUCAGAUAAAAAUAUGGUAUGAUGAAAAAAGUCAACAAUUGUAUGUGACUGCCAUUCGUGCUGUAGAUUUGUUAGCAAGAGAAGGUGGUCUUCCCAGAAAUCCUUACUUGAAAAUGUACCUUUUGCCUGAUCGUAGCAACCUUUUUAAAAGGAAAACGAAAACAGCAAAGAAAACGUUAGCUCCAGAAUGGAUGCAAACCUUUGUUUACGGCGAAGUUAGACGAGAUGAUCUUGGUGCAAUGGCGUUGGAAUUGACGCUAUGGGACUAUGACAGAUCCUUGGAAGCUAAUAAUAAAUUCAUGGGAGAGGUUAUUAUUGAUCUUGGACUAGUUUGUCUCAAUGAUGAACCACAUUGGUUUUAUUUGAUGCCUCUUGGAUGUGGAAUGAAUCAAGAUUAUGCUUCUGAAAGUUACCCACUCAUGCCUACUAGUUCCGUGUCUUCUGAUGUCAAUUUUACGGAAGCAAGCAACGACACCCUUUCAAAAUCAACGUCUUAUAUUGGUACAACACAGUCAUCAUUAGCAAGGACACAAAAAUCUCCGAAAGCAAUGCACAAACGAAUGUUGCCACAUCUUCCUGUUACCACAUCACAGAAUACAAUAGCAUAUGAUGAAACCAAGUCAGUAGGUAGAAGUACGCCAGCAACAACAGUAAAAGAAAGUAGAAGACAACCUCAACAACCACAACAACAAAGAGAAGAUAUUUCAGAUAUUGGAGAUGGAUCUGUAUCUAGUAAACCAUCCAUGAAUUUUGAAGCAAUGUCUGUUGAUCACUCACAAACGCUACAAACAUUUGUCGGUGGUGUUGGACCUGGACAAAUUGUCGGACGACAAGCUCUCGGCAUGAGCUCCGUUGGAGAGCUUGAGCUUGGAUUUUAUCGUCACCAAAGUCAACUCGUUGUUCAAGUAAAGCGUGCACGAAAUCUCUCUGGUAAAUCAGGGUCAAGAACCAUGCCAGCCUUUUAUGUUAAAGUUUACAUGAUGUCAGGAGUACAAUGUAUUACCAAAAAGAAAACGAAAUUGUCAACGCGAACACUUUCUCCCAACUUCAACGAAAGUUUAGUUUUUGAUCCUAAUCACGUCGGAAAUGCUUUACAGGUUAUCAUAUGGGGUGACUACGGAAGGAUGGACAACAAAUCUUUCACUGGUUCGGCUCAGAUCGCACUGGAAAAUUUAGACUUAGCUACCAGAGUAAUUGGGUGGUAUAAACUUUUUCCUUCUUCUUCAAUAAUAGAUGCUUCAUCUUACGGUCCUAGACAAGACUCAUAUUCUUCUUUUGGCAGUUCAUCACAAAUUUUAACUUGAACUCUUGAGAUUUUUUUUUCGUCGAAAAAUGUUAUUGUUACGCUAUCCAGGGGAUCUAGUGUAGGGGGGUCCAAGGUUGUUGACGUCCGGGCCACAAUAUUAAUUGAGUGUUGUUGGCCCGCGGGCCUGGGUUUGUACCACCCUGAUCUAGCAUGUUCUUACAUGGAUGAAAAUAAAAAAAUUAGUUAUAGUGGCAAGAUUCCAAUAUGGUUGCAAUAUUCCAACGUUAUCGACAUAUUUUGUGUCUUUGUGUCACUACGACAUGAAAAAAGUAACUGAAUAUCUUGUUUCCAAUAGUGGUCACAUAUUCGUUAUUGGUUCAACAUCCACAACUGCAUUUGGAUAUACAAGAUAAGUCUUGUAUUAAAUUUUUGAGAAUUGACUUAAUGAAAUGAGAAAAUUGUAACUCUGACUGACUUUAUGAACAUUUACGAUUCAUUUGCAUAUGGACUUGCAGCCAAUGGAUUUUGAUAAUUAAGUAUUUUUUAGUUGUUUAUCAAUUUUAGGAUUUGCGUUAAUAAAUAUACACAUUUCCAUUGAUUGCUCAUAAGCACAAAUCUGAAUAAAAAUUCCGAUUCUCAACAUACACAUUUCCAAUUGCUUCAAAAUGUUUAAUUUUCUACAAAUUCUAUUUUAAGACUUCAUUUUUAUAAACUUAUUGCAUUGUAAUGAUAUAAAUACACUUCAAAUGGCAAUCCACAAUAUUCACUUGACAUUCCAAGAUGAAAUAUAUGAAUUGAAAUUUUCGUUAAAAUUUUUUCCUUCUGUACUACUAUGGUUUUCUCUGUGAUAUGUUCUCUUCUAUUUUCUGCUUAUAUUGGCAUUUUUUUAAAUUAUGGUACUAUAAACUGAAGUAAUCUUCGCUGUCAGUACACGUUUAGGUGCAUUCAAGUUUCGUGUUGCAAUAUAUUUUUUUUUAAUUUUAGCCAUACUCAGCGCUGCUUUUUUAUAUUACACUUAUCUCUGUGCAGUAUGUUUAUAUUUGGGCUCCAAAUUUGCACAUUUUUCUUCAAAUUCAGCCUAAAAUUUAAUUGCAUCGUCUUCAAUCAUGUUUAAAUGAAAUUUAUCAGUUCGCGAAAUAUUAAUAAUAAACACACACAAAACUUAGCACAGGUAUAUAUGAAAUUCAGUAUUGAUUUAAGAGGUUCUAAAUGUCAGAUUUUAUUUUUGGUUGUUCAAUAUUUUUGUUGCUUCGGCCUACCAUAAGAAAAUAACCUUACUUAUUCUGGCCACCCUACUUUAGGUUGAUGAAAAUUUUGAUCCAUACUCCACAGCCAAAAUACACGAAAAUUUUAAUAACCAUUACGCAUGUAAGCGCUCUUCAAUCAAUUGCAUAUUGAAAAUGCUUGAAGAUAGUUGUCUUUUUAUUGGAAAUUUUGACUUAUCAAUAAAAGCAUCCAGAAAAAAUAAUCCAUUCUGAGCACAAGAUUCAUUUCCUACUUAAUGGUAUCAUGAAAUAAGUUUGAAAAUGGAUAAGACAAGCCUUUGUUGCUUCAUCUAUAUUCUAUAUAUAUGUCACCAUAAUGUAGAAGCAUCACUUAUAGCAUAGCAAAAUAUUUUUGACUUCAUAGAAAUAUCUUACCUAAACAAUUGUUUUUGUUCCUAAAAUUGAUUACUGUGUGUUUGUGACCCGUUUUUGUGAAAUUUUGUCUUACUUAUUGAUGGUUUAUACAUAAGCUUCAAAUAUUAUUUAUUAUAUUAUUAUGCUUGUUUGUUAUUGAUAUUAUCAGCACGUGAAAUAUGUGUUUUUGUAUUAAAAUGGAUCAUCAUAUAUUA